AUGGUAGGGAGAUCCGAGCGGGCCGUAUGUGAUGUAAAAUCCGUGUUCGGCCCACGUAUGGUGGUCGGUUCGACCCGCGGAGGCGGAUGGACCUGUUCGGUCCCGGCGGAUGAUUCUGUUCGGUCGGCGGAUGGUUCUGUUCGGUCGGCGGAUGGUUCUGUUCGGUCGGCUGAUGGCUCUGUUCGAGCCACGGACUGUUGUUGGUCCGGCCCUCGAACGGUGGUGGAGUUGGACCGGUGGAUGGUUGUCAGUUCGGCAAUGGAGAUUCGGCCCGGAUGCAGCAUCUUGGAUUUGGUAAUGGAGGUUAUGGCCCGAACGGAUUUUUACCUAUUGCGAAAUUCUACAAUGUCUGGAACAUUUUCUCCAGCAAUUAGCCUUGUUAUAUCCUUUGGUGAGGUUACUUACACUUCGUCUGUGUGUGAAGAAAUAAUAUAA